UCCCUUAAAAAAAAAAGAAAAAAAAGCCUCAGCUUCUAAUGCAUCCUCUCUCUGCCAUUUACUAGCUGUGUCACCUAGCCAAGAUAUCUGAACAACUCCGGGCCUCAGUCUUCUCAUCUGUCAAAUGUGUAUCUACCUGUAGCACAGUGAAGUAUUGGCCCAAUAUUUUCACCUAUCUUGGCCAGUUCCUCUUUGGUGAAGUGUAUGUUCUCCCCCCUGAGCCCUGUCACGUGACUUGCUUGGUCAAUGGAAACAGCAGAUGGAACACCAGCAGGAGCUUAGACAUGUGUUUUCACCGUGGGACUUGCUCUUUCGCCUUUUGCCUCUUGCAUCCUGAUUAGAAGGGCAGGCCUGGCUAGCCUGCUAAUCCAAGGAUAAGAGACGGAUGACAUAUGUCACAGCUAACAUGACAGGUAGGGUGGACAGAGGGGCAAACCCCAGGAGACAGAGUCCAAAGACAGUCUCCCUCCUUCUUGCCUCUGUGGUUCACUCCAAACCCCCCUGGACCCAGCAUUCCAGGUUUCCCAGCUCUGUGACAUCACAGACAGCUUCCUGUCCACUCUGCCAUCUGCAGGGAGUCCAAAGAGAUGGAUGGGCUACGAUAACUCCUCACAGCAACUUAUUGACAGUGUCGAGAUUUGAACCCACAAGACAGCUUCAUGAUCAUGCUCCCAUGGGUCCUGGAUCCAACUGGAAGAAACUGAAGUCAAUGAGCUACAGGACGGAAAGGGAAUGGCAAGUCAAUGAACAGACCUAUCAAAACAUGGGGUCAACACUUUUCUGUUGCUGCUGCAAGGCUGACGAGAGAGCUUCCAAUCCUGUUGGCACCCACAGUCCAAGAACGUCUGAACAACAGCAUCCACGAACCUUCAAUAUGAACACACAUUCUCGCCAAAAUGAUUUACAAAGAAGGCACCACUCCCCCAACAACUUGAUGCUCAAGAUGUGUACCCUUGGGAGGCCCUGAGCAUUCUAGUUGGCAGUGCCCACGUGGGUCUCUGAGCUGUGCAGCUGCGGGAGCAUGUCCAUGAGGAAGAGAGCAGUGGACAGGAGUCAUGAAGACCGAUUCAGAAACUCCCCUGGAGGAGGAGAAGACGUCUGAGCCAUCCCUGUGCCACCGACAAGAGUCCGCCAGUUUCUGAAAAAGCCACAGUGGGAGGAGCUGCCUCCAAUUAAAGUCUUUGGUUGCAUCACAGGAUCAUGUCCAUCCUGUUUUCCCCUUUCCCAGCC